AUGCAAGACACAAAGUUUCCUGGCAAAAUAGCCUUUCCCAACAGCACCAUGCUGAGAGCCCUCUUCCUCCUGGUGCUUGUCUGCGCUGCGCAUGCUGGCGGGAAGGCGAAGGAGAGCUCCUCCGCUCCGGCCGAGGGUGGUGGUGGGUCCUGUGACGGCGGGACAUGCGACAUCACCAAGAUGGGCGCGACUGCCGGCGGCAAGACGGACAGCACCAAGGCUGUGCAGGAGGCAUGGACGUCGGCGUGUGGCGGCACCGGAAAGCAGAAGAUUAUGAUCCCCAAGGGCGACUUCCUGGUCGGGCCGCUCAACUUCACGGGCCCAUGCAAGGGUGACGUGACCAUCCAGCUGGACGGCAACCUGCUUGCAUCCACGGACCUGAGCCAGUACAAGGCCAACUGGAUCGAGAUCCUGCGCGUGGACAACCUGGUGAUCACCGGCAAGGGCACGCUCGACGGGCAGGGGCCCGCUGUGUGGAGCAAGAACUCAUGCGCCAAGAAGUACGACUGCAAGAUCCUACCCAACUCGCUGGUUCUGGACUUCGUGAACAACGGCGAGGUGUCCGGCAUCACGCUGCUCAACUCCAAGUUCUUCCACAUGAACAUGUUCCAGUGCAAGGACAUAGUGAUCAAGGACGUGACGGUCACGGCGCCAGGGGACAGCCCCAACACGGAUGGCAUCCACAUGGGCGACUCCUCCGGGGUCAGCAUCACCAACACGGUCAUCGGUGUCGGCGACGACUGCAUCUCCAUCGGCCCGGGUACCACCAAGGUCAACAUCACCGGCGUCACCUGCGGCCCGGGUCACGGCAUCAGCAUCGGCAGCCUUGGCCGGUACAAGGACGAGAAGGACGUGACGGACAUCACGGUGAAGGACUGCACUCUCAAGAAGUCGACCAACGGCGUCCGGAUCAAGGCGUAUGAGGACGCCAAGUCGGUGCUCACGGCCUCCAAGAUCCACUAUGAGAACAUCAAGAUGGAGGACGCAGCGAACCCCAUCAUCAUCGAUAUGAAGUACUGCCCCAACAAGAUUUGCACCGCAAGCGGAGGCUCCAAGGUCACCGUCAAGGACGUGUCCUUUAAGAACAUCACCGGUACGUCCUCCACACCCGAGGCCGUCAGCCUACUCUGCACCGACAAGAUCCCAUGCAGCGGAGUCACCAUGGACAAUGUCAAUAUCGAGUACAGCGGCAAAAACAACAAGACCAUGGCCGUCUGCAAAAACGCCAAGGGUAGCGCCACGGGCUGCCUCAAGGAGCUCGCCUGCCUCUGA